AGUCUUUAGUAAGCUAAACACAUUCGGCGUGGUCGGUUGUUUGUCACGUCUGGAAGCCGGGAUUUAAGUUUGUUGUGUUGCCUUCAUAGACGUAACUUCCAAAAGGAACGAACGAAAAAAAACUAAAACGAACAGGGAAAGUUAUGUGAAGUAAUUGUUGGAAGAAAAGAAUAGCCUAGACAAAAAGGAGAAUCAAAUAAAAAUUCUCAAGUGUAUGGGUGAAGUGAAAAUUACAAAAAAACGUGAAGGGAUUUCAAAAUUGGCAGGCUCCACUCCUCUGGAAUAGAAAAGAAAAUCAGUGGCUGUGAAAACGAAAAAAAAAAACGGAAAGAAAGAAAAAGUGAAAGUGCCCUGCGAUACAAAGUAGACAUAAAUAAUUGUUGAACGGAAUUUUAAAUUCUAAUUUGAAAUACUUUAUUCUGUGUUCUUGAAUGACACACAACCCUAAAUGCCAGCGAACCGACAGACUCAGCAAUCUAGUGAAAGUCCAUUAAUUUAACGGCUAACCCCCAUCGUCUUUGCUUAUUUUGUGAUCCGCAACAUUAUUUUGUGUCUUAAGUAAAUCGCACCGACCACUUGUCUUACUGACUGACUAACUAACAAACGAUCGCGACUAUAUCACAUUGUCGCCAAUACAAUAGAACUCUUAGUACAAAAGAAAAUUGCGUGUGUGUCCCACUUGUUGUUGUUAUUGCGUGUCGUCUUGGCGAACAACAAAUAAAUUGAGGAAUCACUACUUAUCCCAUCCCCAGAGGUAGUUGGAGGUGGUGUCAGUUCCAAUCCACGCAAUUAUUUCGUGGAAAAAUCCAAAGUGCGGCCGUUGCUGCUGCUGCUGCAUUGACUGCCAACAACAAUAGAAGUGAAGUGGAGCGAGCGAACAUCGUCUGCCGUUCAAAAUGACUCAGGAUCAAGGUGAAAAAUCAAAAGUCGUCAUAAGUGAAGAUACCUACAAAGAUAUCAUCACCAAUGAACUGGAGCGCAUUGGCAACGGCGGCAUAUUUGUGUGGUCAUUAUUUUUCCUUUGCGUUCUGCCCAACAUCCUCAAUGGCUUCCAUGUUAAUUCCUACACAAUGUUGGGCUAUCUGCCCGAAGAUCAGUGGUGUGAGGUGGACGACUUACAGUCAGCCAAUUGGACAGAGGAACAGAAACGUAGCAUUGUCCACAGAGAUCUCGAAAGCAAAGGCUGUACCAUUUGGGAUUGGGAUUACAGAGAGCUGAGUAAGAUAUCCUAUGAUGAGGCCUACAAUUAUACGGCAGCAAUGUCGGAAAUUAGCUUACCCACUGAGAUUCCGUGUAAGGCCAAAGGCUCAUAUGCCUACUCAUCGCCGGAUGGUACCUUUGUGGCCGAUUGGGAUUUGGUGUGUGAAAAGGCCAUACAAAGGACAUCGGCCCAGGUUUUUGUGUCGCUAGGUAAAUUCUUUGGUUCUUUUUCGUUUGGCAUGAUUUCGGAUAGAUUUGGCCGUAAAACAGCAUUCACACUGGGCGCUGUGUUUUUCAUGUUGUCCAGCAUCUUUUGUACAUUCUCACCAUGGUAUUCAUUGUUUUUGGUUGGUCGCUUUGGUUUGGGCUCUGCAUCAUCGGGUUUAUUUUAUGCUGCCUAUGCCAUGUUGAUUGAAAAUAUUUGCCUGAAACAUCGUUCCUGGAUGUCAUUGGCUUUUUCGGGCUCCUAUCCCAUUGGCAUGAUGUUAAUGGCCUUGGCUUCAUAUUUGAUAGAGGAACACUGGAGAUAUUUACAAUUAUCCCUGACGGUACCGGCCAUGUUGCUGAUAUUGAAUUGCUAUUUAAUGAAGGAAUCACCCCGCUGGCUAUUAACACAAAAACGUUACGAUCGCGCCUACAAGAUUGUAUUCAAACAGCCAAGUCAUUAUGAAAUCAAGAAGCCGGCCAUUGAUUCUACAAUUCUCAGCGAUAAGAAAAUCGAAGAACCAACUAUUUCCAAAUGGCAACAAUUGCGGGAGGGUCCUUUGAAACACAUCAUUGAACUUUUUGCCACCUCUAAGGUUCGCAAAUUGAUAUUCACUUCGUAUUUCAUGUUCUGUGUUACCUCGUUGUCCUACUACGUUACGGCUUUGAAUGCCGCCAACAUGGAUGUUAGUCGUCAUUUAUAUGUUGCCAUCACCGGUCUCGUUGAUUUGCCAUCUUUGCUUUUGCCUGUGAUUAUGUUACGUUACAGCGGUCGUAGGAUUACGACAAUGUCUUUGUUCUUUUUAACCGGCAUUGCUUUGAUCAUGGUGAUGGUUGUUCCACAGGAAAGCACCGUAUGGAUUGUGGCCUUUGCUAUGUUGGGUCGUUUUGGAAUAAGUGCCACAUACUCGGUAGUUACGUUAUACACAGCUGAGUUAUAUCCAACGGAAAUUCGUGGCUCAGCUUUGGGUACAUGUUCAACAUGGGCUCAUGUCGGUUCCAUUUCGGCACCCUAUGCUGUUGAUUUAUUGGGUCCCCUGGGUUGGUAUAUACCCACAACAAUAUGUGGUUGCUGCGUUCUAGUAGCUGGCCUGCUAACUUUGACAUUACCAGAAACUGGUACUGGUAAACUUGUUGAUCGUGUCGAGGAGGUGCCAUCUGAAUCGAAUACAGAUGCUGAAUGUGAUGAAGUAAAUAAAACAAAAAAUUAACGAUAAAUGCUGGAUAAGAACCAUAUUAGUGUUAUAUAAGUUAUUUUUUGUCUUUUUCCGUUGUAUGCAUUUUGUUUUACUGAAUAUUUUCAGUAACUAUUGUAUUUAUAACUAGCAUAAUUAAUUGUAUGUUUGUGUAUUAUCUAGUGUAGUUUGUUAAGUUAAACGAUUUGUUAAAAAACCCAAUAUUUUCGUAAAAUAUUUUAGACAAAAAUGUUAGAAACUAAAUCGAAUAAUAAAUGUGGAAACACGUAGUUCUUAA